AAUUAAAAAAAAAGCUACUUUAUGCAAAAAUAUCACAUGCACAGGGGGGAACCUGCUUUCUUUUCCAUCAUCGAGGGGUUAUUACUUACUGCUGCACCCAGUGAUCCCCUCAAUCACCUCAUUUAUAUACUCUCUUUUUUCCACCUCCUCUUCUGCAAACAAAGUACUCCUCUUUCCUUUUUUUUAAUGAAAUGGCACCAAAAGUUGUUCAUCUCCUUCUGGUGUUGUUGCUUAGCUUUGUGUUUUCUGAUUCUUUUCAAACUAUAAGAGAUGAUCAGCUGCAGUUCUUCAACCUCAUGAAGGACUCUCUAUCGGGGAAGGCCUUGUCUGAAUGGAAUGUCAGUGGAGGGAAACGUUAUUGCGAUUUCCAGGGUGUUGGCUGUAACAAUCGCGGGUAUGUUGAAAGUAUUAACAUCUCGGGCUGGUCCUUGUCGGGCAAUUUUCUGGAUGAUGUGUGCUCGUAUCUGCCGGAGUUGCGCGUUCUGGAUAUCAGCGGCAACAAUCUCCAUGGUAACUUUCUUAACCGCAUUGUUAACUGCUCUCUCUUGGAAGAGUUCAAUAUGAGUUCCGUGUACCUUAGCGCAACACUUCCGGAUUUCUCGAAGAUGACUUCUCUGCGUGUGCUCGACUUGUCGUAUAACCUCUUUACGGAUGACUUCCCCAUGUCAAUAACUAAUCUCACCGAUCUCGAGGCGAUCUACUUCAAUGAGAAUAAUGGUUUGAACUUCUGGCAACUUCCGGGGAACAUUUCCAGGCUCACAAAGCUAACGGUCAUGAUCUUCACUACUUGCAGGUUGCACGGUCCGAUCCCACCAUCAAUAGGGAACAUGACUUCACUCGUUGAUCUUGAAUUGAGUGGCAAUUUCCUUUGGGGUCAGAUUCCUAAGGAGCUUGGGAAGCUGAAAAACUUGCAGCUGCUUGAGCUGUACUACAACCAGCACUUAUCUGGUCCGAUACCUGAGGAACUGGGAAACCUGACAGAGCUCGUAGACUUGGACAUGUCGGUCAACCGAUUGAGUGGAAAUAUUCCGGAACCUUUAUGUCGGCUUCCAAAACUUCAAGUCCUUCAACUUUAUAACAACAGUCUUACAGGAGAAAUCCCAGGUGCUAUUGCAGAGUCAACAACCUUGACCAUGUUAUCACUCUAUGAGAAUUUCCUAAUAGGAAAAGUUCCACAAAAUCUGGGGCGAUCGUCACCUCUGGUUCUUUUGGACUUAUCAGAGAACAAUCUAUCAGGUACAUUGCCAACAGAGGUAUGUCGAGGGGGAAAAUUAAUUUAUUUGCUCGUCUUAGAUAACCAGUUUUCUGGAGAGUUGCCUGAUAGUUAUGUAAACUGCAAGUCUCUUAUACGGCUCCGAGUUAGUAAAAACUAUUUGGAGGGCUGGAUACCAGAAAAUCUUCUAGGACUCCCUCAUGUUUCAAUUAUCGACUUGGCUGACAAUAAUUUUACGGGUCCUUUGCCAAGUUCAAUUAGAAAUGCUAGGAACUUAUCUGAACUGUACAUUCAGAACAACAAGUUCUCUGGUUUUAUUCCUCUAGAAAUCUCUGGAGCUAUAAAUCUGGUGAAGAUUGAUCUCAGUAACAAUCUCCUGUCUGGAUCAAUACCAUCAGAGAUUGGUAAUCUGAGGAAACUGAAUACACUAAUGCUGCAAAGGAACAAUCUUAGCUCUUCAAUCCCCAGCUCAAUUUCUUUGUUGAAAUCAAUCAGUGUCGUUGAUCUUUCCGACAAUAACUUGACAGGCAACAUCCCAGAGAGUAUCGGUGAACUGUCGUCGAACACCAUCAACUUUGCAAACAAUGAUCUUUAUGGACCGAUUCCAGUCUCAUUAAUUAAAGGUUGGUUGGUGGAAAGCUUUUCAGGCAAUCCUGGUCUUUGUGCUCCAAUCCAUGUUCAAAGCUUCCCCAAGUGUUCACACGCUCACAACCAAAAGAAGCUGAAUUCUAUGUGGGCAAUUAUAGUUUCAGUAAUUGUCAUUACUGUUGCAGCUCUCCUGUUUCUGAGACGUUGUUAUAGUAAACAAUGUGCUCUAAUACAACACGAUGAGAGCUUGUCUUCCUCGUUCUUUUCAUAUGAUGUGAAGAGCUUCCAUAGAAUAUGUUUUGACUUCCAAGAGAUCCUAGAAGCACUGGUUGAAAAAAACAUAGUGGGGUGUGGAGGAUCUGGCACGGUGUAUAGAAUCGAAUUGCAAAGUGGAGAAGUUGUUGCAGUGAAGAAGCUGUGGAGAAGAACAGGAAAAGACUCCAAUCCAAAAGAUCAAAUGAUCUUAGACAAAGGGUUGAAGACCGAGGUCAAGACUCUCGGAAGCAUAAGGCAUAAAAACAUAAUCAAACUAUAUAGCUACUUCACAAGCUUCGACUGUAAACUGUUGGUGUACGAGUACAUGCCGAACGGAAACCUUUGGGAUUCUCUUCAUAAAGGAUGGCUGCUCCUGGAUUGGCCGAUUCGACACCAAAUAGCACUUGGAGUUGCCCGAGGCUUGGCAUACCUUCACCAUGAUCACUUUUCACCUAUUAUUCACAGAGACAUCAAGUCCACCAACAUCCUACUUGACGCCAAUUAUGAACCGAAAGUCGCAGAUUUCGGAAUAGCCAAGGUUUUACAAGCUAGAGGAGGCAAAGAUUGUACCACAACUGUCGUAGCAGGCACCUAUGGUUACUUAGCCCCAGAAUAUGCAUAUUCAAGCAAAGCAACGACCAAGAGUGACGUGUACAGUUUUGGAGUGGUGUUGAUGGAGCUAAUAACCGGGAAGAAACCAGUGGAGGCAGAGUUUGGGGAGAACAAGAACAUUGUGUAUUGGAUUUCAACAAAGCUGGAUACGAAGGAGGGGGUGAUGAAGGUGUUGGACAAACGGUUGUCGAUGUCAUUCAGGGACGAGAUAAUUGAGGUGCUCAGAAUUGCGAUGCGUUGUACGUACAAGAAUCCAUCCCAGCGCCCACCCAUGAAUGAGGUUGUUCAACUGUUGAUCCAGGCUGACCCUUGCAGGUUCCACUCUUGCAACGUGUCAAACAAUAAGACCAAAGAAGCAUCAAAUCUCACCAAGGUAAAGAACCAAGCAGAAGCGUGAUCAGUGAUCAGUGGUAAAUGAUGAAGCAUAGCAGACCCUAAAUGUUACAACUUAAUCUCUUUUUUUUGGUUUGUUUUCUUUUGGUUUUACUCUUGUAAUGACUUAAUCACUAUUACUGCUUUAUGAUCACGCAUAGGCUCUGGAUGA